AUGACAACAUCCACAUGGCUUGUGCGUCUGCUGCGCUAUAGAAACGAGUAUUUGGCAUCGUUUUCCGCCACACUGUGCAUUUUCAUGGUCGUUUGCUCCAAUGCGUGGUCUUCGCCGGCCCUACCAAAGCUACUGACGGAACCAAACCCUCCGGUAUCGAUAACGGCUGAUGCGGGUUCGUGGAUCGUGUCGAUUCAGGCGAUUGGAGGCAUCUUCGGCAUGGUACUCGCCGGGCUCACCGUCGACCGAUUAGGCCGCAAGUGGCCAUUUAUCGCGAGCGCUCUUCCCGUGAUUGCCGGAUGGAUUAUGAUCGCAUUAGCACGAACGUCAGUAUAUCUGUACAUCGCCCGGUUCCUGUUCGGCGUAUCGUACGGCAUUGCGUACGGCAUUGCACCCAUCUACAUCGGUGAGAUCACCUCGGACAGGGUACGUGGUGCCGCAGCUUCACUCAUCACGGUAAUGGCCAAGCUAGCCAUUCUGUUCGAAUACGCCGUCGGUCCGUACGUCGGCUUCGAGGCGCUUGCUUGGCUUUCGAUGCUCGGUCCGAUUGUAUUUCUUUGCACCUUUGUGUGGAUGCCGGAAUCACCGCAUUAUCUACUCGGCAAGGAACGCGACGAGGACGCAUGCAAAAGUCUCCAAUGGUUUCGAAGAAACUCGUCCGUAGAGGAGGAGCUCAACUGUACGCGAAAGUCCAUCGAACGGACGGUCAGCGAGCGCGGUUCGAUGGGGGAACUGCUCCUACCGGCUUAUCGCAACAACCUCAUUAUAGUGCUGAUUCUUGCCGUCGGUGUUCAGAUGUGUGGAAUGCAGGCCAUCCUCAGUUACGCACAGACCAUCUUCUCGCAGAUUUCCAGCGAUCUCACCGAUGCCGAAAUGUCCAUCGUGCUCGGCGCGGUACAAAUGGUAACCGUGCUAUUUCCGGUGUUUCUGGUCGAUCGUGUUGGCCGGCGGCCGCUUCUGCUUUGGUCCAGUGCCGGUAGCUUCAUCGGACUGCUGCUCGGAGCCGUCUACUUUACGCUUGACGCAGCGGACGUCGAGGUAGCACGCUUCGGUUGGAUUUCGUUUGUCGGUCUUGUGCUUUUUGUCGUAUCGUACGCCUUCGGUCUGGCGACGGUACCGUUUGCGAUACUAAGUGAAAUAUUCCCCAAAAACAUCCGUGCCUACGCGAACGCACUGUUUGGGAUACUGAGCGGUGCUGUCAUCUUCGGCGUGGUGAAGUUGUUCCAGGUCGCACUAGACAAUGUCGGGGCAUAUCUCCCGUUCUGGGUGUUUACUAUCAGUGCCGGGCUUACGUUUGGGUUCGCGUUUAUUUACAUUCCCGAAACGAAGGGACGCAGUUUGGAUGAAGUACAGGAGAUUAUUGCCGGAUGGCGUAAAAAACGCCAUUCCAAAGAUGGUUUUGGAACGGAUUGA